AUGAGUGUGUCUGACUCAGAGCAGUCACAACAAAACUCGCAGGAAGUAUCAGGUGCACCACAGAAGGGGGGAGUUGCUGGAGACGCACAAGCGCUUCAACCCAACACACAGCAGAGAUACACAACAGAGGAAAUAGUGCAAUACCUUACACGACUUUUUUACAUCAAACGGAUUGUAUCAGAAGGUGAUUUCAGACUAAUAGUUACAACAAAAGGGGAUGGAACCACACCCCCGCCUUCUGUGUUGAGAGAACUCAAUCAAUCGAUCCAAGCCUACGGGCUGGAGGUUAGAAGGUCAAUUAAUCAAGACAGUGGAGAUAUUGUGUUGUGCCUUAUCGGGACGUUGUCUGAUGAAAUUACGUGUUCGGCGUGCAUCUUUGACCAAGCGCAACAAAAGUUAAAGACUGAGAUAUUUGAUACAAUAGCAAAUAAUUCCUUUUCACUGUCGGUGAGCGCAAUUGAUAAAGAACUUCAACCAAUUUUUCAGAGACUUGUUGAGUUGGGGUAUUUGACUGUUGUUGGGAGCCAAGUCACAUUUGGUCCACUCAUGCUCGUCUCUGAAUUGAAUCAAUACGAAUUACCUGUGUGUGACAUGUGUAGCAUUCCAGGCUCUGUGGUUUGUUUUAGUUCUAUUUCAAUUCGAUUACCAAAGAAACGAAAAUGA